GUCAAACCUAAAACCCUCGCUUCUAAAACCCUCCUAAACACUCUCCAGCCGCUCGUCGCUGCAGCGAAGAAAAUCAGAAUCCAUCACAAUCUCAAAAACUGCUCAUUUCUAGGGCUCCCAAACGCCCAGAAACACAACCAAAUGGCAGCCACUUCCAAGAAGAAGAAAUCUCCAAAGGCGAAUACCAAAGACGGUUUCAAACCUAAAAAAACCGCAAUAAAAUCCUCAAAGAGGAGAAACAAACCCGAAAAGGACCCGAAACCCGAAUCUCUCUCUAUCCCGAUAGAAGACGACGAACCAGAUUUCCCUCGAGGAGGCAGGAGCGUUCUCAGUCGAUGGGAGGAGGAUGAGGUCCGAGCGGAAGUCACUGCGGAAUUUGAAGCAGAAGAGAGGGCGGCGAAGAAGAAGAAACGGUCGGGGAAGACAUUCGCCUUGGAAGAUGAUUUGGGCUCCCUCUUCGGUGACGGCAUCACUGGAAAGCUGCCGAGGUUCGCCAAUCGGAUCACCUUCAAGGUACGAUAGCAAAAAGCAGAUGCUUGUUUACCGUUUUGAGCUGCCACGUGUCGUGGGUCCCACUGUCCAACGACACAGAGUGUUGAGCAGAUGGGCCUCAGCAUGGGGUGUGUGGGCCAUGUCUCAAACCUACAGACGAAGAACCUAAGUGUAUA